CAGAAUGAAGUGAUCCAAUUGGUGGGCGAUCUCGUGGACGAAUAUCGCAAUCGAAAAGAACGCUUCUCACAAACCAAAUCUUCUACACCGUCUAGCACAAAAGGUUCGUCUUCCACACCGGGCUAUCGUCCGCUGCGCUGUCUUCCAUUGCAUGGCGCACUGCCUCAGACCGAUCAGCUACGCAUAUUCGAUCGUCCCACUAGAGCCUGUCGUAAAGUGAUCGUGGCCACUAACAUCGCCGAGGCUUCAGUCACACUGCCUGGCAUUUCUUACGUGGUUGAUUGUGGAUUCGCUCGAUUGCGGGCAUACAAUCCGACUAACGCGUUGGAAGCGCUCGUCACAUUGCCCACCUCACAGGCGUCCGCUCGACAACGUGCGGGGCGUGCUGGUCGAACGCGCACGGGCGAGGCNGUUGCACUUGGCGCCUUGGACCCGGACACGGGACGAUUGACCAUGCCACGGGGGCUGAGACUAGCUGAGGUGUCUACUGCUUGUGGCUUGGAUCAGCCGUCGGCAGCAGCCGCUCUGUUAGGGGCGUGUGAAGAGGGUUGUUCUCAGGAAGUUGCUGCCAUCGUGGCAUUGAUGCAGAUUCAACGUAUUUUUGUCACUAGUGCGGGUCAAAAGCGCACAGGAGACCGUGUUCGUCGCCAGCUGUUCGGUUGCCGCCAAGGUGAUCAUCUGACGGAACUGAAUGCGUUCACUGCCUACGAACAUCAGACCACACAGUGUUCACCUAGUGAACUCAAAGCCUGGUGUCGUGAUGCUGGAUUGAAUGAACGUGGACUGUCUCAUGCUCUGACUCUUCGUGAUCGUAUCGGAGCCAUGUUUGCUCGACUAAAAUUACCCUGGGUUCGUGCCGAACCAGAAGGCAAUCCGGAACCGGUAUUGCGCGCCCUGGUUCGCGGUUAUUUCCAUCAGGUUGCACGUCUGGCUCCCUCCGGAUCACAUUAUCUCACUGUCCGAGGUGAUCAUCAACUGCGAUUGCACCCGAACAGUAUUUUGUUCAGCUCUACAAGCAAGUGGCCAGCCUGGAUCUUGUUCACACAUGUUUAUUUAGCGACCAGUGCAGAACUCAGUGGGGCAACUGGGUUUGGGGAGAAUCGUGGCCCGGGUCCAGUUCCCACCUGUGUGAGCGGAGUCAGUGCAAUUCAGGCAGACUGGUUAUUGGAACUUGCCCCACAUUAUUAUCAGUACGGAACUGAUCGGGAACAUGUUGAACGAGCGCUUCGGAUAACUGGUUGA